AUGUCGGGCCUAACAGAGGCUCAUGACUCAGACUCAGAGGAGCAGGUCGUGGGUGCCGCCGCCGGGGUUGCUGGCAUUACUGAGUCAAGGGAUGCAGAGGCCGAACAAAAUCCUCUAGGACUUAAUACACGAGCGCCUGGUGCUUCGACGGCUUCGGCUGGCCUUAGCAUUGGGGCACGGGCGGCACGGGCAAGGCUAAGGAGGUCCCCGUGCGUGCUGUGUGGGACUCCGACUGACAUGCGACCCGGUCAAAUCACAGCCAUCUGUGCCCGCGACAGAGGCCGACAAAGAAGCUUUCAUGAUCAGGCCGCCCGUGCAGGCAAACUUGACGAUUUGUUGGAAGUCAUGCGCGAUCAUCCUGAGACAUAUUUCGAGAUCUUCCGUGACUGGCUGGCUCAGCGACUUGGCUGGUUGGAUGAGUUGGAUGGUUGGAUUCUGUUCGAGUCGCGCUGA